GGUGAUAUCACACAGCGGGAUUUGUUGUUUUUACGCGAGCCAUUAAAAAAUCGAAGUGAAAAGAAAGAAAAAAGAAAAUUGGAAAAAUUCUUACGAAGUGAAAAAAAUAUUAUCAAAAAACAACAAUGUUAAUUUCCGACUUAAAGUCGGUCAAAAAUCUUGCCUGGCUAGGCAUUUUCUUGGCAAUUUUGACCGUGGUCGAAUUACGUCCACAAAAAUCCAUGCCAAAUGUAGGGGCCAAAUGUGGUUAUGCGAGCUGUCCCAAACCGAAACCCCACAUGCUCAAUGUCCACUUGGUGCCGCACACCCACGACGAUGUUGGCUGGCUGAAGACCGUAGACCAAUAUUACUAUGGCAGUCAAACGUUGAUACAAAAAGCCGGAGUUCAAUACAUUUUGGAUUCGGUAAUCGUGGAAUUGCUGAAAGAUCCCAAAAAGCGUUUUAUCUAUGUCGAAUCGGCCUUCUUUUUCAAAUGGUGGUCCGAACAAAGCGACGAAAUGAAGCAGAAGGUACGCAUGUUGGUCGAUGAGGGACGUUUGGAAUUCAUCGGUGGGGCAUGGAGCAUGAAUGAUGAGGCCACCACACAUUAUCAAAGUGUAAUUGAUCAGUUUGCCUGGGGUCUAAGACGCCUCAACGACACCUUUGGCGAAUGUGGUCGACCUCGCAUUGGCUGGCAAAUUGAUCCCUUUGGCCAUUCACGUGAAAUGGCAUCAAUGUUUGCGCAAAUGGGUUUCGAUGGCCUGUUCUUUGGCCGACUCGACUAUCAGGAUAAAGAUGAACGUUUAAUGACGAAAACAGCCGAAAUGAUAUGGAGAGCUUCGGCCAAUUUGGAUGAGAGUUCACAUCUCUUUACGGGAGCGUUGUACAAUCAAUAUCAGCCACCGCCAGGAUUCUGUUUCGACAUCCUGUGUGCCGAUGAGCCCAUCAUUGAUGGUAAACAUAGUCCGGAUAAUAAUGUGAAGAGGAGGGUAGAUGAAUUCUUGAAAAUUGCCCUCGAAAUGGCUGAGGGUUAUCGUUCCAAAAAUAUCCUGGUUACCAUGGGUGAGGAUUUCCAUUAUCAAAAUGCCAAUAUGUGGUAUAAAAAUUUGGAUAAAUUAAUCAAAUAUGCCAAUGAACGUCAGGCCAAUGGUUCGAACAUAAAUCUCCUCUACUCCACACCAUCUUGCUAUCUGAAGGCCCUGCACGAUGCGGGCAUUACGUGGCCCACAAAGGACGAUGAUUUCUUCCCCUAUGCCUCGGAUCCGCAUGCCUAUUGGACGGGCUAUUUCACCUCGAGGCCCACGAUAAAACGUUACGAACGUAUGGGAAAUAAUUUUCUGCAGGUGUGCAAACAACUUACCACCCUCACUCCGAAUUUGCACCCCGAACUCCUACCCCACUUGGGUUUUAUGCGCGAAACAAUGGGUGUAAUGCAACAUCACGAUGCUGUUACGGGUACGGAAAAGCAAAAGGUGGCCUACGACUAUGCCCGACAUCUCAGCGUUGCAAUGAGAGCGUGUUCGGCUAAUGCUCGAUCGGUUUUGAAUGUUUUGGUGGAAGGUGAUUCGCCGCGACCGAAGCGUUAUGGUGCCCCAAGGCCUUUUAAAUUUGAAUUUAAAACUUGUUCACUGCUCAACAUCAGUUCGUGUGAUGUUUCCGAACAAAGUGAGCGUUUCGUGUUGACUUUAUAUAAUCCACUGGGUCAUACGACUGAUGAGUAUGUAAGGUUGCCGGUGCCGGAUGUUAAUUAUGUCGUCAAGGAUUAUAAAGAUGUUGUCCUGGACAUCCAAUACGUUCCCGUCGCCGAGCCUGUGCAAAAUCUAACCUUCCGAGAAUCCCAGGCCAAAUAUGAGUUAAUAUUCCUAGCCUCCGAAUUGCCGGCAUUUGGUUAUAAAUCCUAUUACAUCACGAAAUCCAAUGGCCAUCACAUGAAACCGGUACCAGAUCCUGAGAAUAUGUCCAGUUUGAUUGAUAUCGGAAAUGAGUUUAUACGUCUAACCUUCGACACAAAUGGUUUCCUGGCCAAUGUUGAAUCCGAUGGCGUUUCGCGUAUUGUCAGCCAGGAGUUCUUGUACUACGAGGCAGCCAUUGGAGAUAAUCGUGAAUUUGCCAAUCGCUCAUCGGGUGCCUAUAUCUUUAGGCCCAAGGCGGAUAGGGUACGCACGGUUACCGUGGCUCCCGAAAUCACGGUGUAUCGUGGCGAUUUGGUCGAGGAGGUACAUCAGAAAUUCAACGAUUGGAUUAGUCAAGUUAUUAGGGUCUACAAGGGUCAACGUUAUGCGGAAUUUGAAUGGCUAGUCGGUCCGAUACCCAUAGAAGAUGGUGUGGGCAAGGAAAUCAUAACACGUUUCAAUGCCGACAUAAAAUCCGAGGGUAUUUUCUAUACCGAUUCGAAUGGUCGGGAAAUGAUAAAACGUCUGAAGGAUCAUCGCGAUACGUGGAGGGUGAAGUUAUUAGAACACACUGCGGGUAAUUAUUAUCCGGUCACGACGAAAAUUGCCCUAGAGGAUGAACAUGCCCGUUUGGCCAUUUUGACGGAUAGGGCCCAAGGAGGGUCCUCAUUGGCCGAUGGUUCAUUGGAGUUGAUGGUGCAUCGGAGACUUUUGCAUGAUGAUGCCUUUGGUGUGGAUGAGUCGUUGAAUGAGACCGCCUAUGGCCAGGGUUUGGUGGCGCGGGGCAAACAUUAUUUGAUAUUUGGUUCAUCGCAGCUGGAUCAAAGUCCAACCCUCCAGGCUGUGGAGAGAUUUACUCAGCUGGAGAAAACUGUGGCGCCAUGGACUUUCUUAAGUCCCACAAAUUAUAGCUACACCCAAUGGCGUCAAAGGUUCACCAAUAUUUUCACCGCCAUGUCGGCCAGCUUGCCGCAAAACAUCCACUUGCUGACCUUUGAACCCUGGCAUGAUCAUGAAAUCCUUGUACGUUUCGAACAUCUACUCGAAAAAGAUGAAGAUCCGGAGUUCUCCAAAUUUGUACAAUUCAAUGUGAAGAGCAUUUUUGGGGCCUUCCAAAUCAGCAAUAUGCGUGAGACCACCCUGGAUGGCAACGCCUGGUUGGAUGAAAAUCGUCGCAUGGAAUUUGUACCCGAUCCUGAAGAGGAUAGCUAUGAAAGUUAUGCCAUUUUCUCAAAGGCCUACAACUAUGUACAGCUGCAGAAGGCGGAGAGGCCUAUGGUUUCGACACAAUUCUAUGAUGAGCUAUUGCCGGCAGGAAAAUUGGGAGCGGAAAGCAAUCGUUUAAAGAGGGAAAUGAAAUCGCCGCGGAAUCAGGAAUUGAAUCGUAUGCGUAGCGAAAAAUUGAAACGCAUAAAAUAUUCUGUGGGUGAUUUGCCCUUGGAGAUGGAAGGUGAUCGGAAAUUCUUAAUUGAAUUGAGUGCCAUGCAGAUAAGGACUUUCAUUAUCACUCUCGGACCAGUAAAGGAGAAUUGAGAGUAUUCUCUAGCAUUUUUUGAUACAAAUUUCAAAAUGAAAUGCAAUAAUAAAUAUUGAGCAAAAUUUGAACAAUUUA